CAAACCAACAUGCCUCAUUGAAGCAUAUAUAGGAAAGUAAAGCUUUCAAUAUUUUCAAUAUAUAUAUGAUGGGCGUGUUGUUUUGUCCUUAGUUUAUUAAGAAAAUUUUUGCUCUUGAUUAUACAAAAUGGCAUCGUCAACUUCUUGUGGUGUUAGUGAAAUAAAACAUGAUGUGUUCAUCAGCUUUAGAGGCACAGAUGUCCGCAGUGGUCUUCUUAGCCAUUUGAAAAGAGAAUUACAUCGCAAGCAUAUUGAUGCCUAUGUGGAUGAGAGACUUGAUAAAGGAGGUGAAAUAUUACCCUUGCUUCUCAGAGCAAUUGAAGGGUCAAAAAUAUUUUUGGUCGUAUUCUCCAAACACUAUGCUUCAUCACAGUCGUGCCUAGAAGAGCUUGCCAAAAUGGUUGAAUGCAUGGAAACAAAUAACCAGAUUCUUCUACCUGUUUUCUUCCAUGUAGAUCCAUCACACGUGCGACACCAACAUGGAGAUUAUGGAGAUGAUUUAGCUCAACAUGAAGAAAAGUUCAAGGAAAACAUGCUCAAGGUACAAAGUUGGAGAUCAGCUUUGAAAAAAGCUGGUCGUUCAUCCGGAUUUCAUUAUCCAACAAAUUAUAAGAAUGAAUCUGAUCUUGUGGAUGAAAUUGUGAAAGACAUUUCAGUAAAAUUGAGCGAGUUUUACCCAAGUGAAUCAAAUGGUCUUGUUGGAAUUGAUCAAAACAUUACACAGAUUCAGUCCUUGCUGCGAGUAGAAUCAAAUGAAGUUGUUUUUGUUGGAAUUUGGGGCAUGGGUGGAAUAGGUAAGACAACCAUUGCCCGUGCCAUAUUUGAUAAAUGUUCUCUUCGGUAUGAUGGUUGUUGUUUCUUCAAUGUAAGAGAAGAAUCGGAACGGCAUGGAUUCAGCAAUUUACGAGAGAGGCUCAUUUAUGAACUACUUGAAGGAGAAGAUCUCCAUAGAAGCGGCACAAGCAAAGCAAGAAUCUUCAGUUCUGCUCUAAGAAUGCUGGGUCGGAGAAAAGUUAUGGUGGUGAUUGAUGAUGUAAAUACUUCUGAAGAAUUACAGUAUCUGGUCACAAAACCUGUUUGCUUUGGUGCGGGGAGUAGAGUGAUAGUAACAAGUAGAGAUCAGAACGUGCUUACAAGUGGAGAACUUCAUCAAAUUCAUGAGGUCAAGGAAAUGGGCCCUCUUGAUUCUCUCAAGCUCUUCUGUUUGAAUGCCUUCAAUGAAAGCCAACCCAAAACGGGAUAUGAAAAACUAACUGAAGAGGUGCUUAAAAUCGCCCAGGGCAAUCCCUUAGCCUUAAAAGUUUUAGGUGCAGAUUUCCAUUCCAGAAGUGGUAAAAACACAUGGAAGUGUGCAUUAAGCAAAUUCAAGAAGUAUCCCAAUGAGAAAAUUCAAAGUGUGUUGAAAUUCAGUUAUGAUGGACUGCAUGAAGUAGAGAAAAAGGCCUUCCUAGAUAUUGCAUUCUUUUUCCAAGAAGACACCGAAGAGUAUGUUAUAAAACAACUAGAUGCAUGGGGACUUCAUGGAGCUAGUGGAGUGGAGGUUCUCCAACGAAAAGCUCUCAUAACAGUUUCAAAUGACAACAUAAUACAAAUGCAUGACCUGAUACGACAAAUGGGUUGGGAAAUAGUUCGUCAAGAAUGUAUUAUACAUCCAGGGAGACGCACCCGAUUGAGGGAUAAAGAGGAAGUAUACAAUGUAUUGAGGUAUAAGCUGGGAAGCGAUAAGGUGGAGGCCAUGCAAGUAGAUGUGUUUCGAAUUAAAGAUUUGCCUCUGAAACUGGGAACUUUUAAGAAGAUGCCUCGUCUGAGAUUUCUGAAAUUUUAUCUCCCAUUGCAUGAUAAUCUUUUCAUGCCGCCAAACCAGGAUGGAAAUUUAUGGUAUGGAGAACAUCACUUUCCGUUGCUUUUAUCUGCAUGGUGCAAAGAACUAAUGAAAGUUGCAUGUGAGAUUCAGAUAAAGUGUAUUGAGUACCUUUAUAUUGAUGGUUGUUCACAUCCUUCUCAACUGAACAAAUCUUCAGUAACACCGACGCUAGGAAACCAUGCAAUGGAAACACUGUCGUUGGCAUUGAUGUCAUUGAACGAACCAAUUGGUUCUCUCAGGGAUCUUGAAUGCUCAGAUAUGCUUGAUCAACAAUUUAAGACUCUGCCUGAUGGGUUACUUUGCCUGAGAUCUACUUAUUAUCUUAAGCUUUCUAAAAAGAGCACGGGGCAAGACAGUGGAAAACCUAAGUUGCACGUUCUGUUUGACAGCUUAAGGUUUUAUGAACGAAUAUCUGUGAGCCAGUUGGAUAACUCAGAUGUUGGGGGUCAUCGGGUGCCAUUCUUUUAUGUUGCUGCUUUUAUCUUUCUAUUGCAUCUCCUUCUUAAGAGACCCUGGUUUCAGUUCCUCUUUUCUUUUCCUUUCCAAUUCUCUUGCAUUUUCUUUUUGUAUCUUUUUUCUCAUCUUACUUCCCUGUUCUAUCCACCCCUUGCAUUUUCCCUGUCAUGGGUAGAGGCUUUCUUUCUACUCCUGUUCUUUAACAUUUUGGGUAAAAUAUGUUAUUGGUUUCUCAGGGUUUUUAAGAAAUAUUAGUGUUGUGUUGAUUUAUCUACUAAGAUAUGACAGUUAGAAACUGCUGUAAUAGUUUCCGACAAGUAGGGGAAAAUUGUAAUGUGAAGUCACAACUAACAUUAA